AUGGAAUUGUCGAUGGGAUUGUCCCGCAACGCGGAGUCGCAGCCGGAGAUCGAUGACGCUGGCAGCGACAUUGGAUUCCAUGCGAUCCGCGGCGGCUUCCCCUUCAAGCGGAACCCUGGCCACUACCGACACCGUGGGUCAUUCGAUCGGCAAUUGCCGCGGUCAAACAAUAGCAGCAACAGCAGCAGCCGAUCUCACCUGCACAACCGCCUCACGCGUAAGGGCUUGCUGUGGCUCUUCCCGUUUUCCAAGUCCAAGUCUGGAUUCUACGUGCUCAUCAUCGCCGUUGUGUUCCUCUUUGCGCUCGCCUCCAUGGUUAUGCAGAACACAAUCACCUCUGUCUUCCGCCAGCGCGGAGAGCAUGGCGGCUACGUUAGGGAUGGGCUGCGCUUUGGGACCACGCUCCGUUUCGUACCCGGGAGGGUUUCGCAGAGGUUCCUCUCGGGCGACGGACUCGAUCGGGUUCGUUCUCAGCCCAGGCUUGCCAUUCGCGCCCCCAGGAUAGCUCUCUCGAGGAAAGUUGGCUGGGAGAAUCGUGUCGUUGCGGUGGGGUGGGGGUGGUCUGUGGAAGGGUUUUCUAAGUGGCCAUAUUUUCCUUAUGAGGAAGCACUUGAUACCUGCCCUUGGACCAAAAAGAUUUUGGGACACAUGAAAAUGGAUCCCCAGUCAUUGAUGUUGGUCACUGUGAUUCAGAAUCUACAGAAAUUGGGUUAUGUUUUUAAGAUAUUUGCAGUAGGGCAUGGGAAGGCCCACUCAAUAUGGGAAAACAUAGGUGGUGGAAUCUCUCCUUUGGGUACAGCGCAGCAAGGCCUGAUUGAUUGGUCAAUUUUUGAAGGUAUCAUUGUUGGCUCCCUAGAAGCAAAAGAAGCCAUUUCAAGCCUUAUGCAGGAGCCUUUUUGUUCAAUACCAUUGAUAUGGAUUAUUCAAGAAGAUAGCCUUUCAAGUCGCCUUCCAGUUUAUGAGCAAAUGGGUUGGGAGCAUCUUGUUUCUCAUUGGAGAAGGGCUUUCAGCAGAGCCAGUGUUGUUGUGUUUCCAGAUUUUACUUAUCCGAUGUUAUAUAGUGAGCUUGAUACUGGAAACUUCUUUGUGAUUCCUGGAUCACCAGUAGAUGUGUGGGCUGCAGAAAGGUAUAGUAAGACCCAUGCAAAGGAUCAGCUAAGGGAACUUAGUGGAUUUGGUGAAAAUGAUAUGGUGGUUCUAGUUGUUGGGAGCUCAGUCUUCUAUGAUGACCUAUCUUGGGACUAUGCCGUUGCAAUGCAUUCCAUAGGGCCUUUGCUGACAAAAUAUGCGAGGAGGAGUGAUGCAAAUGAGUCAUUUAAAUUUGUUUUCUUAUGCGGCAAUUCUACUGAUGGUUCAGAUGAUGCUUUACAGGAAGUUGCUUCACGUUUGGGCCUUCCUCAUGGUUCCAUAAGGCAUUAUGGCUUGAAUGGUGACGUGAAUAGUAUGUUAUUAAUGGCUGAUAUCAUCUUGUAUGGUUCUGCUCAGGAGGUGCAGGGUUUUCCUCCAUUAUUAAUCAGAGCAAUGACUUUUGAAAUUCCAGUUAUUGCACCUGAUUUUCCAGUGUUAAAAAAAUAUAUUGUGGAUGGAGUACAUGGGAUAUUUUUUUCUAAACAAAAUCCUGAAGCUUUGAUGAAUGCUUUUUCACUAUUGCUUUCAAAUGGAAGACUUUCUAAAUUUGCUAAUGCAAUUGCAUCAUCUGGAAGGCGACUUGCUAAAAAUGUAUUAGCUCUGGAUUGCAUAACUGGCUAUGCAAGGCUUCUGGAGAAUGUACUCAGUUUUCCCUCAGAUACUUUAUUGCCUGGUCCUGUUUCUCAGAUUCAACAGGGGUCAUGGGAAUGGAAUUUAUUCCAGCAUAAAGUAAACCUAGACAUUCACUUGUCAAAUAUGGAUGGUAGUUUUUUCAAUGAAAAGCCUUCUAUUGUUUAUGCUGUUGAGCAUGAGUUGGCUGGUCUUAAUUAUUCAACAAGCAUCUUUGAGAAUGAAACAGAGGUUCGACUGCAUGAUGAAUUAACCGAAUUGGAUUGGGAUGUUUUGAGAGAAAUUGAAAUAUCUGAAGAGAAUGAAAUGUUUGAAAUUGAAGAGGUUGAAGAGAGAACAGAGAAAGAUGUUGGUGUAUGGGACAAUAUAUAUCGUAAUGCUAGAAAAUCUGAGAAACUGAAGUUUGAAGUGAAUGAGAGGGAUGAAGGGGAGCUUGAGAGAACAGGACAACCUGUGUGCAUUUAUGAGAUAUACAAUGGUGCAGGAGUAUGGCCAUUUUUGCACCAUGGUGCUCUCUAUCGUGGGUUAAGCCUUUCUAGAAGAGGACAGAGACAAAGUUCGGAUGAUGUGGAUGCAGUUGGUCGUUUGCCACUUUUGAAUGACACAUUUUAUCAGGAGAUUCUCUGCGAAAUGGGAGGAAUGUUUGCAAUUGCAAAUAAGGUUGAUAGCAUUCACAGGAGGCCUUGGAUUGGGUUUCAAUCAUGGCGUGCUGCUGGUAGGAAGGUAGCAUUGACAGCAAAAGCCGAAAAGGUUCUGGAACAGACAAUGCAAGAGAAUUCUAGAGGAGAUGUAAUAUAUUUUUGGGGACAUUUGGACAUGGAUCGGAGUAUCAUAGGAAACCACAAUGCAAUUUCUUUUUGGUUUAUGUGUGACAUCUUAAAUGUAGGCAACUGCAGAACUGUUUUUCAAGAUGGCUUCCGCCGCAUGUAUGCAUUGCCCCCUGAUGCUGAAGCACUGCCCCCUAUGCCUGAGGAUGGUGGUUAUUGGUCAGCACUGCACAGCUGGGUGAUGCCAACCCCUUCUUUCUUAGAGUUCAUAAUGUUCUCUAGGAUGUUUGUUGAUUCCAUUGAUGCUGUGCACAGAGACUCUAGUCAAUAUGGCUUGUGCUUGUUAGGGUCUUCGGAGAUUGAGAAGAAGCACUGCUACUGUCGAGUGUUGGAACUUCUCAUCAAUGUAUGGGCUUAUCAUAGUGCUCGAAGGAUGGUAUACAUAAAUCCUAACACGGGUUCUAUGGAAGAGCAGCACCCACUUGAACAACGGAAGGGUUUUAUGUGGGCAAAAUACUUCAAAUUUUCAUUGUUGAAAAGUAUGGACGAAGAUCUAGCCGAGGCUGCAGAUGAUGGUGAUCAUCCAAGGGAAAUGUGGUUGUGGCCAAUGACAGGGGAGGUACACUGGCACGGGGUUUAUGAAAGGGAAAGGGAAGAAAGGUACAGGCUAAAAAUGGAUAAAAAAAGAAAAACGAAAGAAAAAUUAUUUGACAGAAUGAAGCAUGGUUACAAGCAGAAAUCACUUGGACGGUAG